AUGACUCGUAAAAACGUCUCAAAACAAAAAAAUCAUCCCAAGUUCGUUUCAUAUAUCGCUCCUAAAGCUUUUAAGGAAACUACUAGUCCUCUACCAGUUCCUUCAAUUCCUAUUAACUUUGAUAUAGAAAUUGUCAAGGAAGUUGUUGGUUUACCACAAAAUAAAGAAACUGAGUUUGAAUUUUUCGAUGUUUCUAAAAUCACCACCAUUAAUAAAAUUUCGCCCAUUAUUCUGACCUCAAAUAACAAUAACAAUAAUAAUAUGCAAGUCGAUAACACUACUAAAGGUUCUAAAGACCAGUCCAAACUUUUGGAACCUGAUAAAUAUUUUGAAGAUGAUACUAUAGAAGAAGAUUUUACUGUUGCAAUUGCUAAUACAGUUAACUAUUGA